GCUUCAAAGAGUGAGUUAGCGAGUGUGUGAGAGAGAGCAAGACCAAAACACACAGAGCAAUAGACGGAAGGGCAGGGCAGGACUAGAAAGAAAGAGAAAAAGAGGUAGAGAACGAUGUGAGCCGAGGAAGUAGGAGUGUCUUGGGUUACAGGAGCGUUAAGGCGGUUGUGUUUGUUGGCGAGGAUCGUAGCUGGGAUCUAUUUUUUCCUCAGUGUGUCUGUAUCCCUCCUCUCUGCCGUGGACCCCAGGAGAGGUAGGGGCUGGUGGGACUGGGGCGUGGGGUAGCAUGGGACAGAAUGCCAGCAACGCUGAGACAGUGCCCCAGCAACACCAACAGCAACCUCCUCAACACAACACCGAUGAUGAGGUGGACUUGCAGCAGAGUACGACAGGGAGUGAGGGGGGUGACUCAUCAGGUGGAACCCCUCCCUCCAAACGCAAGGGCAAGUUCUCCAGCUUCGGGAAUAUGUUCAAGCCCUGGAAGUGGAGGAAGAAGAAGAGCAGCGAGACCUUCCUGGAAACCUCAAUAGUGUUGGAGAGGAAGAUCUCAGUAAGGAGACCUCGUCAGGAGCUGAUUGACAGAGGAUUGCUGAAAGAACUGCCGGAGAAUGAGGGCAACGACGUGAACCAUUCCAAAGGUCCGGUGGUGAAGAAUGGCCAGCCAGUACCUGUUGACCGGGUCUCAGAGUCAGGGAUCAGGGUGUCCCGGGGGGAGGCAGGCCCAGGGCUCAACCCCACCUGGCUACCCCAGGGAGAGGACCCACGGCGGGGCAGCGUCCCUUCAGACGACCCCCGGAGCAGGAGCCGGGUACCCUCUGACGCCUCGCGCUCCAACCGAGCCCCACUGGACGUAGACUCACACGCCAGGCUAUCGGUCAUAGAUCUGGAGAGACGGAGUAGAGUGCCAUCUGACGUGUCAGAGAGGAGAGGAGGGUCACUACCGAGAGGACCUGCUCCCGAGGAGGGGAGGCAACGGAAAGAGGAUAAAGAGGACAAGCGAGAGGAGAGGCGAGACGGGAAAGAGGAGAGGCGAGACGGGAAAGAGGAGAGGCGAGACGGGAAAGAGGAGAGGCGAGACGGGAAAGAGGAGAGGCGAGACGGGAAAGAGGAGAGGCGAGACGGGAGGGAGGAGAGAGACAACAGGGAAAAGAGAGACCGGCGAGAGGAGAGGGAAAGGAGGGACAGAGAUGAUCGAGAGAAGAGCGAAGAGGGGGAGAAGGAGGACAAGGAGAAGAGAGGAGAAAAAGAUGACAGAAGAGAGGGAAAAGAGAGAAGAGAUGAUCGUGAGAAAAGAGACGACAGGAGAGAUGACCGAGAAAGAAAAGAUGACCGGUACAAGAUAAUUGUUCGUGAAAAGGCAGACGAAAGGAGAGAUGAUGGGGAACAAAGGGGGGAGGAGAGGGAUAGGAGGAGGAGUCCUCCUAGGCCUGCUAAACCAGAGACCCUCUUGAGACCUUUUGAAGAGGGUCGUCCUGUGGUCAGACUUCACUCUGAGAUGGAGCUAAGGCAGAGUCUCCAGAAGACCUCCUCAGAGGACCUCCGUAGCAGGGUCCGUCCUGCCUCUGAGGCUUACCGCGGGAGCACCCUGCCCAGGUACAUGCCAUCUGAGGAGAUCAAAGGAGGGGAGACCCGCGGACGAGCAGAGUCCACUGGUGUCCGCUUCGCCCCUGUCCACACCCCAGAUCCUGACUCCUCCCGUAGAGAGCCGCCUCCUACCAAACAGGCCAUGCUCCCUCCUAAGAGCCACCUCACUAUCACCACCUCCACGGAGCCUGUCCGGACCUCCACCCCACCCUCCUCCUCUACCUCCCCUGCUGUAGCUGUGGCCAAGCCCGCCAGGACUGUCUCCCUGAUCAUCAGUGAUGACCCUCCUCCCACCCACUCCAACCCUGUCCCCCCUGUACGUUCCAGCCAGGUACCCCCCUCCUCCACCACAGGGGAAUCGGCCACUCCUCCCCCCGUACCCCCCCAUGCCAAGCAGCCACCUGUCCCCCCACCCAAACCCGCCAACCGCAACAGCAACCCUGCUCUGCUUGUGUCCACAUUGAACAGGGCCUCCAGGGUCCAAGGUCCCCUUUCUCCUCACUACUGUACCAGCUGGAGAAGGCAGGGGGAGCUGGGCCUGUACCUUUCCCUGCCCACCUACCUCCACCGCCGACGGACUGAACAAGCCUGCUCAGCGGAGCUCUCUCAGGCUGGCAGUGGUAUCAUCGUUGUUCCUGUCCCCACCAGGCGCUCUCCUCCCACUCCGCCCAAGAGGAUGACCCCCGUCACCAAGCACCACUCUGGCGACCCGUCCCCUGAGCCAGAGACCUCGGGCCCCUCUGGUUCUGUCCCAGUCCCCAUACCUACUGUCUCUGUACCCCCCAGCACAGACCGAGGCGACACCAGGGACACCCUCAGAGCAGUAGGGUUCCAACUACCCACCUCUGUCCCUGCACCAGCACCCCGACCUCUGUCCCAUAUACCCACGUCCACUCCCAGCUCCCAACCCCACUUACAGCUCCCCAACCCUGCCUCCGCACCCCUCCCGGUCCCACUCCCCUUCCCUCAGAAGGACCCUCCCAGCCCCACCACAGAGCCGCCCAGCCACCCCCCAGCCUCAGUCCCAGCCAUCCCCCUUCACAUCCUGAUCCAGCGGGCCCUGUGCUCCCCCAGCCCGGCUCAGGCUAAACCAGAUGGGUCCCAAAGAGCCCACUCCAUGCUGUUUGAGUCCCCCCCAGAGUUCCUCACUGAGGCUGGAGGCCGACGCUCCCUACCAGUCACCAUAGAACCCCUCAGACUACCUGAGGAUGAUGACUUUGACAUGGAGGAGGAGUUGGAGAAGCUUCACCCUAGAAGGAUGCUGCCCCCCAGGCAGCCUGAGCUGGAGCCCAGGAGCAGGAGGGGUCUGGUGGUUGAUCCCAGGGUCAGUGUCAUCCCAGAGGGCCGGGGGCCCGGAGACAGCAGUGAGGAGGAUGAGGAGACAGACUCUGACGGACCCAUCCUCUACAGAGAUGACGAUGAAGACGAGGACGACGAUCCACCAAGUGCCUUGGCCAGCCGUGUGACGAGGAAGGACACCCUGGCCCUGAAGCUGGAGAGAGAGGAGCGGGAGGGAGGAGAGGGACAAGACGGAGUCGGCUGGCAGAGCAGAGAGCAGUGGGAGGCACUCAAGAACAAGAUCGGUACCACGCUCAACAGGAGGUUGAGUCAGAGACCCACAGCAGAGGAGUUGGAGCAGAGAAACAUCCUUCCAGCCAGGAACGAAGCUGAUAUCAGGGCAGAGCGGAGCGAGAUCAAACGCAGACUCACCAGAAAGCUGUCCCAGAGGCCCACCAUAGCAGAGCUUCAGGCCAGGAAGAUCCUGCGUUUCCAUGAGUACGUAGAGUGUACCACGACUCAAGACUACGACCGCCGUGCAGACAAACCUUGGACUAAGCUCACUCCCUCCGACAAGGCUGCCAUCCGCAAGGAACUGAAUGAGUUCAAGAGCUCUGAGAUGGAGGUUCACGAAGAGAGCAGGAUCUAUACCAGAUUCCAUCGGCCUUAGCUGUGCUCCCUGGCCCGGCUGCAGAGCAAGCACUUAAAUGCAAUACUGAGCCGGGGGGUUGCAGGACUGCAAUACGGAGCACACAGACCCCUGGUGACUGCAAUUUCCACAGCCCCCUGCCCUGGCACAAGCCUGUUCCUCUCCUGUAAGGAACACUGUUGAUUGCUACAUCUGAAACCGUGGACUAGAGGUGUAUAGCCUGUCUAAACAUGGACUAGAGGUGUAUAGCCUGUCUAACCAUGGACAAGAGGUAUAGCCUGUCUGUAACCAUGGACUAUGGAUGUGGCCCCUCAGUCUAUCCAGUCAGUGUUAAAACCACAGACUAGAAGUGUGGCCUAUAGAUAAACGACUUGCAUCUAAAACCAUGGACUAGGGAUUUGGCCUCUUGGUCAAACCACUUACUGUUAAAACCAUGGACUAGAGGUGACCUCCAUCGGUCCAACCCCUUGCAUAUGAAUCCAUGGGACUACUGGUACUACUGUACUCCAGCGUUGAUCUGCCUGACCAGACAACCCACAGGGAGAGCUGGAGAAGAACUAGCUGGACGAGGUUUAGUGGUUUAGGCCUAUUUCAGCUGCCAUUUUGUAGAUUCCCUGUGCCAACACUGACUAUCAGAAUAGGAAGGACAAGAGGGACAGACGGCGAUUGUGACAAAGGAUGUCCUGUUUUGUUCCUCACAUCACCUCCAUUCUUUGUCGUUCCCUAAAGCAAGAAUGUUCCCAAGAGGCCUUUACUGUACCUGGUUUUUAGAGUUCCUUCAACACUUUGCCCUAUUUUUAAUUGAGAACAGAAAAUAAUUGUAUACGGUACUGAUUGUUGAUCAUGACGAUGGUCAACAUUAGUACACGGUAGUAUUAAUGAUUUAAUGUUCAACUAAAUAUGAUACAGAACUUUGUUAGACUACAUGACGCUGGUGAAACCCUCAAACGUGUGUUUAUGGGUACCCAAUGGUACCGCCCUUAUCUCUAAUGGGACAAUACAUGGAGUGGUACGGAAACUGUGCGGAGUAAAUGUGAAAUGGCUAUAGCUAGCCUACAUGUCGGUGAUGGGUUUAGUUGUCCAACCACAAGACAUUAGUUAAAUUGAAACUCAAAUGUCGUGUCUACUAGUCAGCUAUCUAGCUGUGUUACAUAGACCUUAUUCAGCAUCGCUCCAUUGUCCCCAUACACAAUAAUGUGCAUUUUAACUGUGUUCUGUUGAUUAUCUAAGUGAUUUUGUGACAGCCCAUAAUAUAAGCUGACUAAUCGUUUGUUCAGCGUAGUAAUAAGGAACCAUAUUGUUAAAAUGGACAUUUAAAGUAAAAACAAUAAAAAUAAGGAAGUUGUACAAUUUGAAACGUUAGAAGUAAUAUAAUUUAAGACACAACCUAAAGCUAACGUCCACUAUAAUUAUUUAACGGUUGGUUUUGAAAGACUGCGGCAGGAACAUGGAUAUAUUUUUACUUCACAUUGUUACUUUGUGUAUGUCGGUCAUUGGUUGGCCUCAGCUGUAUAGACUUAUCCUGUAGAUUGAUUUAAUUGACUUUAUAUUAUGUCUUCCUAAUGUUAAAACAAAUUUGUUUUUAAAUGUAAUUAAAGCGUUACAACAGUGCUAUUUUCUAAUGAUGUUACAGAAAUUGGUACCGAAACAGGGUUCCCUUAUUUUACAGAUGUUUUGUUUUUUAUAAAGAGAUCUUUAAAAUGAAUUGCAAACCUACUGUAUAAAUGAAUGGUCAGCUCUCACUCAAAUUCAAAUAAAUGGUUUAUCAUCCUAAA